UUUUGACGUAUCUAUUUAAAACCCUCACGCAAAUACGUGACUUCUCAGUUUUUCCCAAUUUUCGGGUCAUUUUCCACGCUAAAACUCCUGCAAUGGCAAAGCCCAACCCAUUCAAGCAUUUGGAGCGAAAAAUUUCCAUCAACAAUGCGGACUACGUAUUUUACGAUAUUUCCUCCUUGGGCAGCCAAUUUGGUGAACUUCCCUUCUCGAUACGCGUCCUUCUGGAGUCGGCCGUGCGCAAUUGCGACAAUUUCCAAGUCACCGAGAAGGAUGUGGAACACAUCCUGAGCUGGAAGGACAUCAAGGGCGAGUCAUCGCCAAAGGAAGUCGAAGUUGCAUUUAAGCCGGCUCGUGUGAUCCUCCAGGACUUCACAGGAGUGCCGGCUGUUGUGGAUUUUGCUGCGAUGCGAGAUGCUGUUCUGAGGCUCAACGGUGACCCCAACAAGAUCAAUCCCAUCUGUCCUUCCGACUUGGUGAUUGAUCACUCGGUUCAGGUGGACUUUGCCAGAACACCCGAUGCACUGGCCAAGAAUCAGGAUCUCGAGUUUGAGCGCAACAAGGAGCGAUUUACAUUCCUCAAGUGGGGCGCCAAGGCCUUCAACAACAUGCUAAUCGUGCCUCCUGGCUCAGGCAUCGUCCACCAGGUGAAUCUGGAGUACCUGGCGCGCGUGGUGUUCGAGGAUCCCGUGAAUGGUUCGAAGGUUCUCUACCCAGACAGCGUGGUGGGCACGGAUUCUCACACAACGAUGAUAAACGGACUUGGAGUACUGGGCUGGGGCGUGGGAGGAAUCGAGGCAGAAGCGGUGAUGCUGGGCCAGGCAAUUUCUAUGCUUCUGCCCGAAGUGAUUGGCUACAAGUUGGUCGGGAAGCUGAGCUCGCUGGCCACCUCCACGGACUUGGUGUUGACCAUCACUAAGCAUCUUCGUCAGAUUGGAGUGGUUGGGAAGUUUGUUGAGUUCUUUGGGCCCGGAGUGGAGGAGUUGAGCAUCGCUGACAGAGCCACCAUCAGCAACAUGUGUCCGGAAUACGGUGCCACGGUUGGAUACUUCCCUGUUGACAAGAAUUCUCUGGCUUAUCUCAAGCAAACAAAUAGGUCAGAUGAGAAGAUCAACGUCAUCUUGAAGUACUUGGAGGCCACGAAGCAACUCCGGGACUACAACAAUGCUGCUCAAGAUCCGCACUAUUCGAAGAUUGUCACUCUGGAUCUGGCCACUGUGGUCACAUCGGUCUCUGGCCCAAAACGUCCGCAUGAUCGCGUGGCUGUCAGCGAGAUGCAACUCGAUUUUAGGUCCUGCUUGACCAACAAGAUUGGCUUCAAGGGCUUCGAACUCAAUCCGGACUCACUGUCGGCCAGUGGGGACUUCAUGUGGUCCGAUGGAAAAACCUACACCCUCAGGCACGGAUCGGUGGUGAUUGCGGCAAUCACGUCUUGCACGAACACCAGCAACCCUUCCGUAAUGCUGGGGGCCGGUCUGUUGGCUCAGAAGGCCGUCAGCGAGAACCUCAAGGUCUCGCCAUUUAUCAAGACAUCUCUCUCACCUGGAUCUGGAGUGGUUACCUACUACCUGAAAGAGUCUGGCGUGAUUCCAGCACUGGAGACUCUUGGAUUCGAUGUGGUGGGAUACGGUUGCAUGACUUGCAUCGGCAACUCAGGACCUCUGGAGGAGAACCUGGUGAAUGUCAUUGAAAAAAAUGGUCUGGUAUGUGCUGGAGUCCUGUCUGGAAACAGGAACUUCGAGGGAAGAAUUCAUCCCAAUACAAGAGCUAACUACUUGGCCAGUCCUCUUCUCGUUAUCGCGUAUGCCAUCGCGGGAACUGUUGAUAUUGACUUCGAGAAGGACCCGCUGGGAACUAGACCUGAUGGCUCGAAGGUCUUCCUGCGCGAUAUUUGGCCAACGAGGCAGGAGAUUCAUGCUAUUGAGCAGAAAUACGUCAUCCCAGCCAUGUUCCAGGAAGUUUAUGGCAAGAUUGAGUUGGGAUCAUCAGCGUGGCAGGCUCUCCAGGCGCCAACAGGCAAGCUCUAUCCAUGGGACGAAAAGUCUACUUACAUCAAGCAUCCGCCAUUCUUCGAGUCGAUGACCCGAGAACUCCCGCCAAAUCGACCAAUUGUUGGGGCUCGAGUUCUGCUCUUCUUGGGUGACUCUGUGACCACAGAUCAUAUCUCUCCAGCUGGUUCUAUCGCUCGCAACAGUCCAGCAGCGAGGUAUUUGGCUUCGAAGAGCCUCACGCCACGCGAUUUCAACUCUUACGGGUCACGUCGUGGCAAUGACGCCGUGAUGGCCAGAGGAACGUUCGCCAAUAUUCGUUUGGUGAACAAACUGGUGCAGAACGCCGGACCCAGAACUCUUCACAUCCCAUCCGGAACGGAGCUGGACGUGUUCGACUGUGCCGAGCAGUACGGGAAGGAGUUGACUCCUCUGAUUCUGCUCGUGGGCAAGGACUACGGUAGUGGCUCCAGCCGUGAUUGGGCCGCCAAAGGGCCCUAUUUGCUGGGCAUCAGGGCGGUGAUUGCGGAGUCAUACGAGAGGAUCCACAGGUCCAACCUGGUGGGAAUGGGAGUUGUACCGCUUCAGUACCUGGAGGGCGAGAAUGCUGACACUCUCGGACUCACUGGGAAGGAAAUCUUCAACAUUGCCAUUCCGGACGACUGCAAGCCCGGACAAAAGAUCACCGUGGAAACAAAUUGUGGGAAGAAGUUCAACGUGCUCGUGAGAUUCGACACUGAAGUUGAUCUGACUUACUAUCGCCACGGAGGAAUUCUCAACUACAUGAUCAGGAAGAUGUUGGACUAAGAAUUGUUUUGUACUCUCAGAUUUUUUUUUGAUAUGCACGACAGGAGAGCAAUAUGGUUUCUGUAGGCAAAAUAGUAACUCGGAAGUUAUAUUUUUGGAUAAAGUAGCAGGAAAGCAAUUUAAUUUGGUAAUUUUUGCCUAUUUGUAUAAUGCAUUCAAAGAAUUUUCAUUGAUAUUUAGAGCUGCAAGCUUCACUGUCGUUGGUUUCUGGCGGAAAAGCAUUGAAGAAAUAAUAUUGUUGAACAGUUUAUAAUGGCUUGGGAUUUUAUACAAUACUUUUUUGGCAAUUUGUAAUAAAAGCACUAAGUGAGA